GUCCCUGAGGGCACAGGACAUUCACAAAAGAGUUGUGACCUUUAUCCAAGAUAAAGUGGCACCCCUAGAACAAGAAAUCCUAACACAGGGGAAAGGGGAUCUAUGUAGUUUCUCCAGGCACAUUAAGGAGCUGCAGGUGCAGGCACGUGCACAAGGUCUUUAGAAUCUUUUUCUGCCUCUGGAGUCUGACCCUGAUGUCCAGUAUGGAGCAGGACUGACCAAUCUGGAGUAUGCCUUCAUCUGUGAGGAAAUGGGCAAAUUCCCCAUUUCUCCUGUGCUGUUGGAGUACAAAUCCACGUCAAAUUGAGUAACCAGCAACCAUCUCAAACACGUUGCUCAACCAACUGACUCAUUGCCUACUUUCAAAAUACUUGAUUGGUUUAGGAUUUCAGCUGCCUAAGGGAAGUAAUUCCUAGUAAAACAAUUCCUGAAGGUGCCUGGUUUAAUUAAGGCCGCUUUAAGUUAAAAAUGGAGAUUUCUGAUGAAUAUAUUGAGAAGGAACUACUUCCUCUACUCAAACCUUGUGCUCGCCCGGAUGUGAAAAGACUUGCAAUCAGUUACAUCCUGGGCAUGACUGGGGAUACACAGGGGAGAACUCUGAUUGGUGAGAAGUUAAAAUUUGUGGAAGCCAUUCUCUCAUUUGCAGCAGAUGAAGACCAUGUGGUUCGAAAGGAUGCUGUGAGUUGUCUAGUGAAUGUGACAGCAGAUGAGACUGUCACAAGUUCACUAGUACAAACAGAUGGCUUUACAGACAUCACUGUAAAAUUACUUCGGCUGGCAUUGGACCAUACUUAUGACCAAGCUGAUGCUAUGUGUGGGCUCUUAUCAAACUUAACUCGAUCAAUAAAUGGUGCUGUUAAAGUGGCAGAGAUUGUGUUAAAGGUGGAGGAGGUGGGAUUGAAAAGGUUUGUUCAAGCCAUCAGUAACAUUGAUUUUAACAAAAAUACUAAUAUGAACCAGCUACCAGCUGUGCUAAUGAAUCUGGCACAGGUGCAAGAUGUGAGACAGGAACUUGUUUCGCACCACGAGGAUUUGCUUCAGAACCUGCUGCCUUUCAUGUCCUUUGCUCCAUCUGUUAUCAGAAGACGUGGCAUCAUUGGAAUUGUGAAGAACUGCUGCUUUGAAUAUGAUUUACAUUCUGUUCUACUGGGACCUGAAGUGGACUUGCUGCCUCGGCUGCUCCUUCCAUUGGCUGGCCCAGAGGAGUUUGAUGAGGAUGACAUGGAGCGCCUGCCACCAGAUCUCCAGUAUCUUCCACCAACACAAACUCGUGAACCUGAUCCUGAGAGUCGUAAGAUGCUUGUCCAAGCACUUACAAAACUGAGCAGCACCAGGUCUGGGCGAGCAUACCUUAAAGAGAAGAAUGCGUAUGUUAUUCUCCGUGAGUUGCACAAGUGGGAGAAAGUAGAAGACAACCUCAGCACACUAAUGGAUUUGAUUGACAUACUCAUUGCUGAUGAGCCCCAGGAAGGCAUGGAGGAUCUUCAUAAGGUUGAAAUUCCUUUAGACAUAGCAAAGAAGUUUGAGGAAAAUCCUUAGGGUUA